CAUUUUAUGCACAUUAUAAAAAAGAAUAUUACCGUGAACAAUUAGAUCAUUUAAGUGCAAUGAAGAUGUCUAUUCAUAAUAUGUUGCACAUAUCAAAAAGUAUUUUUGAAACAGGUCCCUGCUGUAUGAUAUGGCAAUAUCUGAUUGAAAGGUUUAAUAAACCAAUCGAUAAUCAAAUUUUUCUAACAAUUCCGCCAAAAAUACAUGAUGAAUAUCUAGCCUAUACAGGAGAAAGUAGUGAAGAUUUCUAUUUUCCUUCUGUUCAAUAUAAUUUAACACAAACAAAACAGGAACAAAAUAUGGACAGCUCAGAACUAAAGAUGGCCACUAUAUUGGGUCAAAAUUAG